UGGCAGUGCUGGACGGCCGCAAUUGAAGUCGCGAUAUUCUUCCAAAGACACUCCCGCGGACUUUCUUGGCGGAUAUGCCGAUUAGCGUGGGGAAGCUCAUCAACACCCCACACGUUGCAUAGCUAAACCCUAAACACAAACUCGCGACCAUACAAACUACGACUUCCCGUGACUUCUUCCCGGACGUUCGUAGGAGCCAAGAAGACUAUCGCCGAUUGAGUCACCCAUCGUCGGCUCUUCUCACACCACGCAUGCCCAGCACUCCCUACGCACACCAACCUCCACCCUAACACCACACCAUGUCGUACACAUUCUCCAUCCUAUCGCCCCUCGAUGUCCCUCUUUUUACGCACGACUUCGGCACCUCACGCAGCGGCGGCACUGGCGUUGCGAACUACACACCUGCUGAGCGCGCUCUCGUCCCAUUCAUCCUACACUCGUCACUAGACAUCGUCGAAGAAGUGCAAUGGGGUCCUUCUACCUCCAGCGGCUCAGCACCCAUGUACCUCAAACACAUCGACAAAUAUCAGAACUGCUUUGUAUCGUGUUGGAUUACCGGUGGCAAUACGCGCUUCCUUCUGCUUACACGGCCACGGGAUGAAAGUCUCGGACUGACCAGCGGAGGUGCUGGAGGCGCGAGAGGGAGUCUUGCAGGCGGAAGGGCUGCACUGGGAGGAGGAGCUGGUCUGUACAAUCCUAGUAGUCCAGCCACGGAAGAGGCCGUCAAGAACUUCAUGGUCGACGUAUAUGAGGCGUGGGUCAAGACUAUCAUGAACCCGUUCUUUGCCGUCGGCAAUGGGGAGGUCAUCAAGAGUCCAGUAUUCAGGCAGAGGGUUGCGACAGCGGCGAAGAAGUAUCUAUGAAGGAAUAGGAGGCAACGCCAAAUUACCAACUCAAGUUUGGAGACAACCAUUGGGCUCGGCUUCUACUUCGAGACAAAGCGGAUGGCGCGAACGCAAGCUCGAACUGCCGCGACCCCGAUAGCUUUCAACAGAGGUAACGCGAGCCGUCUUCUCGAGCCUGAUGCUCAAAUGUCUCAGAUCAGAAAUGCUGCGCUGCGAAGCAUAUCUGAUCUGAGACAAUGACGUACAAGGCACAAUAGAUUGACCCAGCUGGAGGUCUACGUACCAGGCAUGCGAGCACACAAAUAGUGCCUACAUGCAGAGCUACGAAGACAUGUCUGGAUCGUUUUCGUGGAGAAUCAGAUGAUUCAUGUCACAGAACUGGGCGUCGGGGUAUACACACACACAAU